AUGAACUUGUACGGGGGUUGCUCAACGCAGCGGGCUUGGCUGUCACGAUAUCUGCGGCUGCCACCAGCUACCACGGUGUUUUCACGCUUGAUCGGGCACGCCCCUCUCCAGCUUCGAGACUUGACUCAGGGAGCUGCAGUCAGCGGGCCGUUCCAGAAACGCGUGCUUGCCGGCGUGACUGCGGUUGUGCUCUCGAGCGCCGUCAAAGGCGGUGUGGGAAAGUCUACGGUAGCAGUGGGUCUUGCAAGCGCGUUGCAGCAGGGACUUGGACUACGUUGCGGGAUCCUAGACGCGGACAUUUACGGUCCAUCGGUUCUACACUUGUUGCGGGCGAGCGUCACACAAGCAAGCCGCGAUCGCAACCCCAAGACGAGUCGACCACUCGUUCCUCUUGUCACCGAGUCUGGGCUCAAAGUAUUCGGGCUGGCCGCUUUGCAGAAACGAGCAACCGAAGCGUUGGUAUGGCGAGGACCUGUGGCCACCAGAGCGGUCCAGCAACUGCUCUUCGACGUGGACUGGGCGCCUCUUGAUAUUCUGGUGGUGGAUACCCCGCCGGGGACCGGCGACGUUCUCCUGACCUUGGCGCAACAGCUCAAGGUGCAGGGAGCGAUUCUGGUCACCACACCGCCACAGCUGGUAGAGGUUCAGGUUCGCAGGGGCUUGGAGGCGCUUGCUCGCCUCUCGAUACCGGUACUCGGCAUCGUCGAGAACAUGGCAUAUGUGGAGUGCUCGCGGUGUCAGCAUAAAGAGGAGGUUUUCGGCGCGCCGGAACAGCGUGCCGCAGCGCUCGCACAAGCCGCUUCCGUACAAGUCCUCGCUCACUUGCCUUUGAACAAGACACUUUGUGAGGCCGCCGACCAAGGUCGCAUGGCGCAGGACACUGCCGUGCAAACCAUGUUCAGUGAUUUAGCAGUUCAGGUCGCGACGCUGCUAGGCUUCCCAGUCUGA